AUGCGGGGCCAGGCCCGGAAGGAGAGUCUGUCCGAUUCCCGAGACCUGGACGGCUCCUACGAUCAGCUCACGGGGAACCCACCCAGGCCCACUAAAAAAGCGCUGAAGCAGCGAUUCCUCAAACUGCUGCCGUGCUGUGGCCCCCAGGCCCUGCCCUCAGUCAGCGAAAGCAAGUGCCCACCCUCCUCUCCUUCUGUCCUGGGGAGCGCCGCUGUCCCCCCAACCUCUGCAGAUAGCGUAGAGGAUGAGUUUGAAUUGUCCACUGUGUGUCACCGGCCCGAGGGGCUGGAACAGCUGCAGGAACAGACCAAGUUCACCCGAAAGGAGUUGCAGGUCCUAUACAGGGGCUUCAAGAACGAAUGCCCCAGCGGCAUCGUUAACGAAGAGAAUUUCAAGCAGAUUUACUCCCAGUUCUUCCCUCAGGGAGAUUCCAGCACUUAUGCCACCUUCCUCUUCAAUGCCUUUGACACCAAUCAUGAUGGUUCUGUCAGCUUCGAGGAUUUUGUGGCUGGUCUGUCGGUAAUUCUUCGAGGAACCAUAGAUGAUCGGCUCAAUUGGGCCUUCAACCUAUAUGACCUCAACAAGGAUGGCUUCAUCACCAAGGAGGAAAUGCUGGACAUCAUGAAGUCCAUCUAUGACAUGAUGGGCAAGUAUACAUAUCCUGCCCUUCGAGAGGAGGCACCAAGGGAACAUGUGGAGAGCUUCUUUCAGAAGAUGGACAGAAACAAGGAUGGUGUGGUGACCAUUGAAGAGUUCAUUGAGUCCUGCCAGAAGGAUGAGAACAUCAUGCGUUCCAUGCAGCUCUUUGACAACGUCAUCUAACUUGAUACAGAGAGGUGUUGUCAUGUGCUAGGGGAAGCUCCUGGGCCUCCCUGCCCAGAUGGACCUCGCUCUUCUUUUCCCAGGUCUAUCUCCAGCCUCCAUCCUGUGUCUG